AUGGAGAGAAGUCGUUUCGUCUUGUCAAUGACGUUGUUGCUGCUGCAGUACAGUUUUGUAGGCACAGGUGCAGCACAAACCAACAUCACCACCGACCAGUCUACUCUUCUUGCUUUGAGAUCCUAUAUCACUAGUGACCCUCACAACAUCUUGGUCAACUGGUCAACCACCACCUAUGUCUGCAACUGGAUUGGCGUUACUUGUGGUGCUCGCCACCUCAGAGUAGUAUCAUUGAAUCUCUCGUACAUGGGUUUCACAGGAACCAUUCCACCACACUUAGGCAACCUCUCAUUCCUCGUUGCACUAAGCUUCAACAAUAACAGCUUCCAUGGUACUUUGCCUUAUGAAUUGUCAUAUUUGCGUCGCUUGAAGUUGGUUAGCUUCGGAUACAACAACUUUAUGGGAUCCAUUCCAUCGUGGUUUGGGGCCUUCCCCAAACUUCAAAGCUUCUAUUUGCAUGGCAAUCAAUUUUCAGGUUCCAUACCCGCGACUGUCUUCAACUUGUCUACAUUGCAAGUAGUAAUUAGUAAGGGUGGGUAUUGGAACUGA